AUGGAUAACUCGUUGGAUCAAAAACUAUUGGCGUUCAUAUCAUCACAGUCAUCAUCCAAACCGUUGUCACCAAGCAAAUCAAAUAACCUUCCCAAAGCUGAUAUAAAAUCACUCGAGUCAUUGUGUGUCACUUCAUUGGAUACUUUAUUGAAUAAUAUUGGAGGUUCUACUACUAAUAACAGCAUUUUGCCAUUGGACUCGCUUGAUGCUAUUGAAGUACGAUUACGCGGGUUGUACUUAAUUUAUGCUGAUGACCCACGCAAGUCAUUUGAUAUACUACGGAAACAUCAAUUAUAUAUUGUUAAACUAUUUAAUAUUAAACAAAUUGACUAUGUUUAUCAAAAUUUAAAUGUUUUAUUAGCUCAAAUUAAUAAAGUAUUUAAAAUUGAAUUCACUUCGAAAAGCACUAUUUUUACAGGAAUUGAGUUUACUGAUUUCAAUAAUUGGAAUGAUGAUACAAGUUUUUUCAAUGUAAACAGAAAAGAUAUAACCCAAUUGAUAAUUGCAUUUCAUUUUUUAGUUUUACAAUGGAUAGCCCAAUAUGUUUCCAAGAAUUUAAAAUCAAUAUUAAUGCAAAAGAAUCAGUUUAUUAGUCUUGACGAAUUUUGCAAUAUUCCCCAAAUGUUUUUAAAUUCUAGCAAUUUUAGAAAAUGGCAAUUAUUACCAAGUAAUGAAAACAUUGGCAAAUAUAACACCAAUAAUGUUAAAUUGAUUUCUGGUUUCAUAAAAGUAUUCCAAAGUAUUAAAGUGUCAUCAUCAUUAUCUAAAUAUGUUGGCUUGACUAAUUGUUUGAAAUUGAAACUAUAUGAAUUGACAAAAGACGAGUCAUUAUUAGAGUCCAUUGGAUUUUCAUCUAAUUUGAUUCCAUUUAUCAAUGAUGCUAAUAUAAAUAUCAAUGAGUUUAUUCGCAAACACGUACCAAUAGAAUCUGAGGGUUCCAAUGAAUUGCAGACUCGGUUAUUGAAAUCACCACAACUUGUCACUGACAGUGAUUUUCUUCGAAAUCUACAAAAUGAUUCACAAUUAUCAGUAGAUAAAUGUCAAAUAAUAAUUUCAUCCUUUAAUGGGUUUAAAGACAAUCUCAAGACACUCCUGAACCAACAAUUAUCAAUUCUUGAUUUAAUCACAAUACAUUUGAAGGAUUCAUUAGAUGAAUCAGUGGUCCCCAUAUUGUCUCAACUGUUUCAAAUUUAUAGUCAUUUCAAAUUGAUGAAAAGAAUGAGAAACAUUUCCAAUUUGUUGUUCAAUUUGGGGAAUAAAGUGCACAAUGAGAUAUAUCGCAACUUGGCAAUUGAUUACGAGUGUGCAAUAUUCGAAAUUUCUCCUAAUAAUGACAAUUUCAAACAGUUGUAUAAUAAAUUGACGAGAACUCAGGUUACUGGCUCAGUAUUAGGUAAUGUUUUACAAUGUUUUGAAACCUACAUAAGUUUGAAAAACAACAAGGACGAUCCUAUCAACGGAACAAUAAUUCAAUUCAUUUGUAAAACUUUACUGCAAACAUCAAACUUUGCCUCGUUGAAUAACAUCAAGAAUGAAAAUUUGAAAUACGACAUUGUUAAUGAUAUUUUUCAAUUUAUGGAGAAAUCAAAUAAUACAGCUGAAAAAACUAAAAUUUGCAACUCAAUUAUUGAAUCCACUUCUUGGUGUAAUCAAUUAAUUGAAUGUAAAAUAUACUAUCAAUACUACAAUGUCAAUGGACUUGAAAAGUAUUUGGAUUUGGAGGAGAAAUCUUGUGAUAAUCAAUUGGUAACUUCUGGUAUACAAUUUCAGAGAUUGGUAACAUUUGGGUGGAAUGAAACUUUGUUAGUUGAAUGUUUGAAUAAUUUAAAAUAUGGGUUAAAUUACAACUCCAGUGAAUUUGAUUUAUUCGAAUUAAACAUAAUCAAACAAGUUUUAUUGUAUAUAAAAUAUAAUGGAAUGAUAGAUGAAUUGGUUGACAUUAUUGAAAUUUCACUAGCCAAAUCAAUUAAAGAUGAACAAUUUGAGAAAUUUCUAAAAUUUGAAUAUUGUCGAGCAUUAUUAUCUCAAACUAACAACAACCCUACCAAUGAUGUUAAGUUUUCACAAAUAUUUUUGGAUUUGAAGAAACGCUCACAGAAUUGGAAAUCAUUUGAUGAUAUUAUUCAAUUGAGUUUAUUACAACUACAAUAUUGCAUAUAUGUCAAGAAUUCAACAAAGGCAAAAGAUAGAUUUAAUGGAAUCUUACAAACACUUUUGAAAAAACCACAAUUCAAUAUAUCAAAAUCAAAGAAUUUACCCAUUGUUUCCAAAUUACAGAAUUUUUUAAUUUUAGGAAAAUUUCAAUUACUUGCAUGUCAUGUAAAUAAUCAUAUUAUACAUAAUAAAAUUGAAGCGUUUAAUAAUAUUAAAACAGGUAUUCAAUUAUUAUAUUCAAUUGUCAAAAAACUUCCUACUAAUAUCAACAAAACUUUAUGGCAAGAACUUAACUGGGAAAUCACUCGAUUAUUAUUUGAUAGUUAUAAAUUGGCAAUUGAUUUAUCUAUUGAUAUUGGGAUAUCUCGAGACAUCCCAUUAUUUUUGAAUGAAUGGGUUAAACUCAAUAAUAGUAUUGACAAUGAUGUACCGAUUGUUAAUUGUAUCAAUGAGUUUGAAAUCGGUCGAUAUGGAUUGCUUUCCAAUAAUGAAUUUCAAAAAUAUAUCAGAAUUGCUCAAGGAAGACUCGGAUAUAGCCUUGUGAAGAAUAAUAGUGCUGUUCAACAAUAUAUUAAUAGAGACCGGGAUGACGAGAUUUGUGGACACGCUUCAAGUAGUCGUCAAUUAAAGAGUCUUGUGAGAACUAUUUUCAAUUCAGAUAAUUCACUCAGUGAAUUACUGAAAUCGGUACAAUUAUUACCUUGUAUUAUUGGUGACAGCUCUACUAUGUGCUCUAAGGAGUUACUUGAUAAGUUGGUUCAACUAAAAAAUGAAAUAUUAACUGAAGUAACUAAUUAUGAGAAAUCCAGUUCAUUAUCGUUAAAUCAGCAACAACAACUAAUUAAUAAUUUGAAUCAAGUUGUUUGUUUAUUGUCUUCUUUGACUUUGUUUAAAGGUGAUGGUUUGUUAUCAGAGAUUUAUUAUCUUCAGGAUUAUGUUAGAAAUCUACCAUUUGCUAAUGAACGUAAAUUGAUGGAUUCUUCAAAGCAAGAUGAGAGUAAUAAUUUGUUACCCCAUGCAUUAGAUUUCAAUCAAGUUGUUGAAGAUCCAAGUAACAACACUAUUAACAAUAGUAUGAUAGAUUUUAAUGUUGAUUUACAACUUUAUUUACCCCAUAAUUGGAUUCUUGUUACGUUAGACAUUUGUCAGAAUACUGGAGAUUUAUUGAUUUCCAAAUUGACUAAGGGGUCACCAAAUCCAUUUUUUAUGAGAUUGCCAUUACUGAGAUUCCCUUCAAGUUUGGGUUUUCAACAAUUGAUGCAAAAUUUUGAAAAAAUCAUUGAUGAUAGUAAUUUAUCUACAAAAAGGAAAACUACUUCUAAAAUUUUAACUGUUGAAGAUAGAAAACAAUGGUGGAGAUCUCGAUUCACUUUGGAUUUUCAAUUACAAGAUAUUUUGCAUCAUGUUGAAAGCAAAUGGUUUGGUGGGUUUAUUUCAGGUAUUUUCACUAAUGACAAUGACGUUGAAAAUGAAUCCAAGAACGUGUUUCAUAAAUUCAAACAAGAUUUAAUGAAAAUUUUGAAAGAUUGUUUAACCGUAAGUGACGAUAAAUCGAAUAUAGAGAGGUUUCUUCAGUUUAAUGAAUUUAUUUAUUACUGCUUUUACUCAAUGGAGGAAUAUAAUUAUGAAUUGGUUGAUGAUUUGAUAAAAUUUAUAACUAUAAAUAUGAAUUCUCAUGGCAGAAUAGUUAAUUUUGGCACUAAUGUUAAAAUUAAUAAAUUACACGAAUUAAUUAAGAAUUUGAUUGAUAAAGUUAAUAAAAACAAACAAAAUGUGACUAGCAACAACAAAAACAACAGCAACAACAACAGCAACAACAACAACAACAGCAACAACAACAGCAACAGCAACAAUUCCCAACAUAUUGUUUUGAUACCUAAUGCCAACUGUUCCAAUUUCCCAUGGGAAUCGAUGGAAUUUCUUCGUAGUAAAUCAAUUUCAAGAAUGCCAUCAAUUCAUAUGUUACUUGAUCUAGUCAAAUCAAACACCAAUAACAAGAACAAGUUAAUGUUUGUUGAUAAAUCUAAUUUGUAUUAUUUGAUUAAUCCCAGUGGUGAUUUAAUUCGAUCAGAAAAUCGAUUCAAAAAAUUAUUUGAAUCAAAUCAUUUAUGGAGAGGGGAAAUUGGAAAAUUAUCAAGUAAUGAACAUGAAGAUUAUCAAGAUUCAAUAUUAUGUGAAAUCUUGAAAAGUCAUUUAUUUGUUUAUAUUGGUCAUGGUGGUUGUGAUCAAUAUAUUAAAGUAUCAAAAUUAUUUAAAAAAUGUGGCAAUAAUCAAGAUUCACUGAAUAAAUUACCUCCUAGUUUAUUGUUAGGUUGUUCAUCAGUUAAAUUAGAUAAUUGUAAUUAUAACUAUAAUUCCAGUAUGUUACAACCACUGGGUAAUAUUUAUAAUUGGUUGAACUGUAAAUCGUCAAUGAUACUCGGGAAUCUAUGGGAUGUUACUGAUAAAGACAUUGAUAUUUUUACACUUUCAUUACUACAAAAAUGGGGGUUAAUAGAUGAUUAUAAUGGCAGUGGCCAUGAUUAUGGUAUGAAGAAAUUGGAUUUGACUAAUUGUGUUGUUCAAAGUCGAAGUAAAUGUACUUUGAAAUACUUGAAUGGAUCAGCACCUGUGGUUUAUGGUCUACCAAUGUAUUUAAAAUAG